CCUUUCUCCUACGCGUGACCAACUGUUGAAUUCUGCAUCAGCUUUUUUGUCUCGUAAAUGGCUUCUCUCUCUACUUUCCUUAAUUAUAGACAUUGCUUCCCGCGUUUUCCAAUUUGCCAAAAAAAAAAUUCUGGAUAAACUAAUGCGUGCAAGCUGAGUAUUUCUUUAUAAUCCCAACCUACAUUUAUUGUUCUUCAAACCGUUUUUAUUUUAUAUUUCUCUUUAAGCUUUCUUCUUCCCUCAUAACACAGAACUUUUAUCCGCCGCCUCCGAUUUUCCCAUUUCUUUGUUCAUUGUGUGUAUAUAUAUACACACACAAUUACACACACACACACACACACAUAUAUAUACAUUUAUAUAUUUUAUACCCAAUUGAAUUAACACUUAACAGUAUAUUUAUCAAGGGUUUGAUACCCCACUCAUUUACUUGCCGAUUUUAUUACGAAAUCUAUGAAGCUGAAUUAGAUUAUAACUAAUCAAACUAUUGGAACCAUGGGAAGCCACAUGAGCAAGAACUCCGGUGAAACUUCUGCUGCAAAUGACCAAAUCACCCCUCUGCACUACACAACUGAUCAGCUACACUCGUACGAGGCAGCAUGCAAAAUCGACACGGAUUUGCAGUCAUUCGACACAACUCUCCAACUACGAACCAGCAAUGUUAUUAAUUCUCUCGCAGUGGGUGUUGAAGUAAGGGCGUUGUCGUUCGAUUCUCUAAGACAAGUCACAGAAUGCCUUCUCGAAAUGAAUCAAGAAGUAGUUAAAGUGAUCUUGGACUGCAAAAAGGACAUUUGGAAGAAUCAAGAAUUGUUUGAGCUCGUCGAGGAUUACUUCGAGAACAGCCUCAAAACCCUCGACUUUUGUGCAGCCCUCGAAAAAUGCUUAAAAUCAGCCCGAGACAGGCAAUUGCUCAUCCACAUAGCCCUCCAGCAGUUCGAAGAAGAAGAUAAUAAAAUCGAAGAAGGGAAAGUAAAAUAUUCGAAAACGUUAAAGGAAUUGAAGAAUUUUAAAGAUGCGGGCGAUCCAUUCACCGACGAUUUCUUCAAGAUUUUUCAGUCCGUUUACAGUCAGCAAAUUUCGAUGCUGGAGAAAUUGCAGUUAAAAAAGAACAAAUUGGAUAAGAAGCUGAAGUACAUCCAUGCAUGGAGGAAGGUGUCUAGCAUCAUAUUUGCAGCCACUUUCGCAGCGGUGCUGAUUUGCUCGGUGGUGGCCGCCGCCAUGGCAGCGCCACCUGUCGCAGCAGCAUUGGCCGCUGCGGCUUCGGUACCGUUGGGCUCGAUGGGGAGGUGGAUAGAUUCGCUUCUCAAGAACUACGAGAAUGCUGUGAAGGGGCAGAAGGAGAUUAUUGGCUAUAUGAGUGUGGGCAGUUAUGUGACUAUUAAAGAUUUGGAUAAUAUCCGAGUGUUGAUCGAUAGAUUGGAAAUUGAAAUUGAAUCGCUACUGAAAAGUGCCGAUUUCGCCGAGGAAUCCGUGAAAGUUGCCGUGGAUGAAAUAAAGAAGAAAUUGGCUGUGUUUGUGAAGAAUAUUGAAGAAUUAGGGGAUCAAGCCGACAAGUGCAGCCGGGAUAUUCGACGGGCGAGGACCGUUAUUCUGCAGAGGAUCAUCAAACACCCUAAUAACAGCUGAAGAACACACACACACACACACACAUUAAAGUGUGGAUUUAUUUUAUUUAGUUUUAUUGAUCUUAAGCUGGAUGCUGUAAUAUUAGUGAUGGAUUAUUAAACUAGUGUUGUAGACUUGGAAAUUUGUUGAUGGAUUCUUAUUACUUUGAUUUUUAAUCACUUUCUUUGUCUGCAAA